CAGAACUCUCAGGGGAGACGCCGGCUGGUGACAGCCAUGGCGCCCCGGGCGGGGGGCUGGGACUGCCUGCUGCUGGCUGUAACCAUUGCCCUGAUGCUGCGUAUGAGGCCCCCAGGCUCCUGGGCAGCCCACAUCAUUGGGGGCCAUGAGGUGACCCCCCACUCCCGGCCCUACAUGGCGUCCGUGAGCUUCCAGGGCCAGCACCACUGUGGGGGCUUCCUUCUCCAGGCCCGCUGGGUCCUCUCGGCUGCCCACUGCUUCAAGGACAGAGACCCCCAAACAGGCCUGGUGGUGCUGGGGGCCCAUGCUCUGCACACCUCAGAGGCCACACAGCAGGUGUUCAGUAUCUCAGCCGUCAUCAUGCACCCUGAGUACCAGCCCAUGACCCAUACCAGUGACAUCUGUCUGCUGCAGUUGAACAGCUCUGCCAUCCUGGGUCCAGCGGUGGGUCUGCUGCAGCUGCCACGGAGGGAUGCCAGGCCACUCAAAGCCGGGGCACCCUGCAAGGUGGCCGGCUGGGGCUCCGUGUCUGACUUUGAGGAGCUACCUCCUGGGCUGAUGGAGGCCGAGGUCCAAGUGCUGGGUCUGGAUGUCUGCAACAGCUCCUGGAACGGGAAGCUGGGCCCUGCCAUGCUCUGCACCCGCAGCGGGGACCGCCAGCGUCGCGGCUUCUGCUCGGCUGAUUCUGGGGGGCCUCUGGUGUGCAGAAAUCGGGCCCACGGCCUUGUCUCCUUCUCUGGCCUCUGGUGCGGCGAUCCCAAGACCCCAGACGUGUACACACAGGUGUCUGCCUUUGUGACCUGGAUCUGGGACGUGGUUCGGCGGGGUUGACAUGACCCCCUGCCCAGGACCACUGGGGUCCCUGCAGGAAUUGCCUGAACCACAGCAGUGCUGGGUACACAGAUAAGAUGGCAAACAAUGCAAACAGCUCCUUCCUGGAAACUUCUGAGGCUGGAAUUUUCUCCAUCCACCACGGAGGUCCCCAAACCCAGGGAAGCAUAGUGUGUGUGUGGGUGGCGGGGGGGGGGUGGCAUCGGUUCCCAACAAACAGGGCAAAAUAAUCAAAUAAACUGUGACCUGACU